CUAGCGUCUAGGGUAACCUUGGAUCCCAGGCUUCAGACAGGUCGAUCGAAAGCUGCUUUUUCGUCGGCCAUAAGCACAGUUGCCGUCUUUCCUAAGGACAGCGAUGGGGAGAGCAGAUCUCCGCAGCCACAAUCCAACCCAUCCUCCGCUACCCCAACGGAGAAUUCCGAUUCCCAGACUAAGCCGGGGAGUAAGCGGCGUGUUAAGUUACAGUUAAAUGAGCUAGCCAAUAACUUUGUUGCUGGCGCCUCCUUAGCCCAGAUAGAAGUCAAGGAGUCACCUGUAACGGCUGUAACCCCAGGCGAGAGAUCCUAUCUCCUAGACCCACGGCUUAAGCGUCGUCGCGUAGUCCCUCUCGAACAGCCACAGGAACACCAAUCACCAGAACAGCAUUCCGCUCCCCGAACAACAAUGAAAUCCCCUUCUGACGAGAUUUCGGGUUCAGCAAUGCAAAUCGCCAUAAACGGCACUGACAGUGGACAACCCGCGUAG